AUGACAAUCAAACAAGCAAUCAGAGGAAAGCAAGUAUUGGUUGCAGGAGAAGAAACAUUUAGAGAAUGUACUCUAUUGAUUGAUCAAGAUGGAGUGGUUUCAGAGAUCAAAGAAUACCAAUAUGCACUUCCGGAUGGUGUCGAGUUGAUCAGAGACUGUGCCGAUAAUGAAGUUUUGAUGGGUGCAUUGGUCAACAUCCACGUUCAAGUCACCGAUAGUUUACAUUUAGCAACUCAUACUGCUGUUGCCGCCGCUGGAGGUGUCACCACCAUCAUUUACAAGUCUCUCACCACGGCGUCGUUUGAUCAUUUGUCAAUGGAGUGCUAUGUGGAUGUCGGUACGCUCUACAAAUCAGAGAUUAAUAUUAAUGACCGUGUCAAUGUGGAUAAGAAGAAACUCGAGAGCGACGUCGACGUCGACUUUAUCAAGGAACCAGGCAGCAUCUCUUCGCUGCAGUACGGCCUCAGCAUCGUAUGGACCGAGUACAAGAAGCGGGGAAUCCCUAACCCAAUGUACCACCUGACUGAAUGUAUGUGUGACGCUCCUGCCCGGCUCGCUAACCUCAAUGACAAAAAGGGAUCGAUUGCAGUUGGUCGUGAUGCCGACUUUGUAGUCUUUGAUCCCGACCAGUCAUUCACCUUUAAAGAUGAAGGCAACGUGGUGGGAGGGUCCGCCACCCUCACUGGUGUCAUCCUCGAAACUAUCCUCCGAGGCCAGACUAUUGACAAUGUCAUGACCGGUGGACUCACCACCAAGCCACACGGUGAGUGCAUCGUCCCCACCAACAUCCACAGCAACCCUUCCUACCCAUCACCCUAUCUUCCUCCAAUCACCCGACUCAACCAGAUGGGUCGCGACAACUUUUUCAAUGUCGUCCAUCUACUCUUUGAGACUGCACCACCUCUCGCCAACGCUCUCUAUGACGCACGUCCAUUCUCGAGUUACAACAACCUUAUCGAUGUGGCCGAUACCAUCAUACAAAAGUGUUCCGACCAAGACAAGAUACUCAUCAUCAAUGCACAUCCACGUAUUGGGGUCAAUCCCGCAGCCACCAAGACAAGUCAAUCGACACCACUCUCGACACUAUCGUUCCGUGAACAAGGUUGUCACAGCGAACAAAUCAACGACGAGGUUCAAAGAGUCUACCAAUCAUUGCAACAACUAAACGAACAAUAUGAAAAAAAGAAUGGAUUCAAGUUUGUUGUAUUUGUUGCUGGUCGUCCAAAAUCAGAAAUUGUAAAAGUACUCGAACAACGUCUCCAAAAUAAUACCAUUGAUGAAUUGAGAAUUGGUCUUACAGAUAUGACUGCUAUUGCAAGAGACAGAUUAAAAAAAUUGGUCAAAAUAAAAUAA